AUUAUCCCUCCACUUUCAAAAUACUCCCGCCUUCUCUCCUCAAUUUCUCUUCCCCUUUCUGCACUCUUAUGCAUCACUACUCUCUCUAAAAUCUGUACCCAUCUACGUAUUCUUCUCUGAUUUUCUUGUGUAGAGAGAGAAAAUGAGGAAACAAACCAAAUCAAGAAAAGCAGAAAACAUAGGCAAAGGAAAGGUGACUCCGGUCCAAAUUGCAUUCAUCGUAGACCGUUAUCUUUCGGACAACAACUACCCUCAUACCCGAUCCGCUUUUCGAUCCGAAGCUUCCAAUCUCAUCUCCAAAUCCCCUGUUCGAGAAGCUCCCAAGAGUUUAUUGAGUUUGGGGGCUAUUUUGGAUGAAUAUAUAAGACUGAAGGAGAAGAAGGUGAUGUUGGAUCAAGAGUGGUGCCGUUUAGAGCAGGAGAAAUCCCGGGUCCUGAAUUUGCUUAGGGGUAUGCAGGAUGUCAUGAAUGCAUACAAUUUUAAUGGAGAUGAUGUAACCCUUCCGCCGCAGUUGCCGCCAACUGUUAUAUCUAAUACAAUACCAAAAUCAGGGGCAGAAGGGCAUUUUCCUAAGUAUAACACUCCAGCAAUUAUGUCCAAACAAGAUUUGACAAAUUUCUCGAUUCCAAUUACAAGUCACAGUAAUACAAAAAGAAAAGGAUCCGAAGAUGUCAAAGAUGCAGUUGUGACUGCUAAGAAAUCCCGCCUGCCCAAAGAUUCUAGCAUAGUUAUGCAAGCAGUCAAUUCAGAAAAGAGACAUGAAGAUUCUGCAGUUCAGUCAUAUGUUCACGAUAAUGCACCAAGUGAAUCAUCAGUUCAAGGAUCUAAUGUUGUUAAAUGUUUGUCCACUCAGCCUAUCCCAUCCCCUCUGGCUAAUUCCUCUGGUCCUGAAACGCCUCCACGAGCAUUGUCCCCUCAUUCAGAUUCUCCAUUGGAAAUUUGCUCAUCUGCUACUCCCUCUGACAUUACUGAACAAAUCACAUCGUCUAUUACACAGACAAUUCUAGUUAGUCCUGCCAAACAAAUAGCAUACUACUCAAUAGAGAAAACCCGUUGCAUUUCUACUUCCUCUCCGUUUAAGACAGACAUGAAGAUGCUCAAUAGGAAAGAACAUAUAAAAGGAAGGCUCGAUUUUGAUGAUUCUGACAUACAGACAGUUUCAGAGAUUUCAUCUCCUGAUGGUACCUCAACGUCAGAAUUUGGUUGGGAAGAGGGUAUCCCAGAUUUCGAUAUGACUAAUCUGGACAAUUUUGGUUUUGACUUCAAUUUGUCUGAACUCUUAGUCGAGUUUGAUCUUCAGUGACAGACCUGGUUUUUCCUGUCAGCAGCAUAUGGAUUCUUCUCCAUAUUCUCAUUUGGAGUAACAUUUUUUUCCCCAUUACUGCACUGCAUUAUCAACCGGGAUUCAACUUGACAAUGUAAUAUUCUGCUUAUCAGAUCGUCAAUUCCAUCAGAGGCUGUUAACAGAUCGUCACUUCUAUCAGAGGACAUGGAUGUACUGAGUAAGAAACUCACCGUUAUAGGAUUCAUAAGAAUAGUCCUACUUACUGAUAUUCAAUGCUAGUAUGAUGUAAAUUCAUUCAAUUUA